UGCUGCUUCUUGUUUUUCUUUAUUCUCUUCUCGUCACUCUCACGCGCAUUUCGACUUACGGCAAGAAAUAGCAGAGAACCAAGCCCUCCCUUCCUCCACAAAAAUAGUAGUAGUAGAACGAGUUUACCGACCACAAAAAUAUCUCUCCCUCUCGUCGGCAAGGAAGUCCCUAUUACCGAUCAAACGCCUUCUAAUCUAGAGCAACUGCCUCCGUCCCCCAUCUCGGACGGCAGCAGCGGUGGCCGCGGCUCUUCCCUGCUUCCAGCUCCUCCGGAUCGAAUCGCUACCUCUACAUAUUUCGUGGUUGGAUGCCUCAUAACAUGCUUUGUAUUUUGUCGCUAUGGUGAAAGAGGCUACAAGUGUUUGCUUAACACUUCUCCAAGAUAUAGCCCUUCCAACAAGUAAGAACACAUAGCCUGAUGGAUCUCCGACUAUCUUGGCACCAAUGAUCUCAAAUUGGUUUGAUUUCUUAUAGUUGAACAUUUGCAGAUUUCUUUUUGAAGGAUUAGUUUGUCUAUAAGUUAUUGCAUGUCACUCCCUGGGGAUCAUAUUCAUGAUGUGGAGGCAAUUUCUUUCAGCCAUGGACCUUUAUCGGUGAUUGACACUGGUUCCAUCAGUAACAGAGAACUCUCAGUCAACUUAGUGAAUGGACAGGAUACUUUUGCUGCCAGUUCAUACAUAAACUUUAGAGUGACUGAAGUUAUACUUCUCAAUGGAGACAAGUAUAUGGGGACGUUGUUGGGUAACAUGCCAGAAGGAUCUGGGAAGUACAUUUGGUCAGAUGGUUGUAUGUACGAAGGUGAAUGGAGAAGAGGGAUGAGGCAUGGGCAUGGGAAAAUGACAUGGGCUUCAGAAGCUAUUUACGAGGGAGAAUUUUUUAGUGGAUACAUGCACGGGAAUGGGACCUAUAUUGGUUCAGACAAUUUGACCUACAAGGGGAGAUGGAAAUUGAAUCUCAAGCAUGGGCUUGGUUAUCAAACAUUUCCUAAUGGUGAUGUCUUUGAAGGAUCAUGGAUCCAGGGAGUGAUAGAAGGCCAUGGUAAGUAUGUUUGGGCCAAUGAAAACGUCUAUAUUGGCAAUAUGAAAGGUGGAACAAUCUCAGAUAAGGGAACUCUUACUUGGAAAAAUGGUGACACUUAUGAAGGAAGCUGGUUCAAUGGAAUGAUGCACGGAUUUGGAGUCUAUACGUGGGUAGAUGGGGGCUGCUAUAUUGGAACAUGGACAAGAGGUUUAAAGGAUGGAAAAGGGUCCUUUUACCCAAAAGGAAGCAAAAUUCCUGUUCGACAAGGGCUUUACCUUAAUGCUUUGAGAAAGCGAGGGAUUUUACCUGAUUUCAAGAGACAAAACCAUGGAUCACGUAUCCUUCAUGCUUCAUCUGUUGACAUGGGCAAUAUGAAGGUUGGUGAAACUCAAGAACCAGGUAGACACCUUAUAAAUUUUGAGCAGUCUCGUACCAAACAUGUGUCAUUAGAAAGGCGCUGGAGUCUUGAGGUUGCUAUAGAAAAAGUUAUUGGACAUGAUAUGGCGCUAGAAUCUGUUAUGGAAAAUGAUGAAAAAGCGGCUGAUACAAAUAUUCCAAUCCUUGAAAGGGAGUACAUGCAAGGAGUUUUGAUCAGUGAAGUUGUAAUCAACAACAACUUUUUAGGGUCACCUAGAAAAAUAAAAAAACAUCAAAAGAAACUUAUGAAAGACAUAAAAAGGCCCGGAGAAGCGAUAAUAAAGGGUCAUAGGAGUUAUGACUUGAUGCUCAGUCUUCAGCUUGGUAUUAGGUAUACUGUAGGAAAAAUUACACCAAUACAAAGGCGUGAAGUGCGAGCAUCAGAUUUUGGUCCUAGAGCAAGCUUUUGGAUGAAUUUUCCAAAAGAAGGUUCACAGCUCACACCUCCACAUCGUGCUGAAGAUUUUAAAUGGAAAGACUAUUGUCCAAUGGUAUUCAGAAACCUACGAGAAAUGUUUAAAAUUGAUGCUGCAGAUUAUAUGAUGUCAAUAUGUGGUAAUGAUGCACUCAGGGAGCUUUCUUCUCCUGGGAAAAGUGGCAGUAUAUUUUUUCUUUCCCAAGAUGAUCGGUUCAUGAUUAAGACACUCCGUAAAUCAGAAGUCAAGGUCCUGUUGCGAAUGCUGCCCAACUACUAUCAUCAUGUCCGUACUUAUGAUAACACCCUCAUCACUAAAUUCUUUGGUCUUCACAGGGUCAAGCCUUCUAGCGGGCAAAAGUUCAGGUUUGUUGUAAUGGGGAACAUGUUUUGCACAGAAUUGAGAAUUCACAGGAGAUUUGAUUUGAAAGGGUCGUCCUUGGGACGAUCAACUGAGAAUGUUGAAAUAGAUGAGAACACAACGCUGAAAGAUUUGGAUCUUGAUUACUGCUUCUAUUUGGAGCCUUCUUGGAGAGAUGCUUUGCUCAAGCAGAUUGAAAUUGACAGUAAAUUUUUGGAGACUCAACGCAUAAUGGAUUAUAGCCUACUAUUAGGUGUCCAUUAUAGAGCCCCACGCCACUUGCAAUCAUUUGCAUCAUAUAACCAAAGUGUUACACGAGAUGGAUUGACUAUUCUCUCAGAGGAAGAUGCACAGGAGGAUGAGAUUUUUAACUAUCCACAAGGCCUUGUUUUAGUUCCACGUGUCAGUGAUGAAAGUGUCGUUGUGGGUCCUCAUAUAAGAGGAAGUCGUCUGCGUGCAUCAGCUGCUGGUUUUGAGGAAGUGGAUCUACUUCUUCCAGGCACAGCAAGGCUUCAAAUCCAGCUGGGCGUUAACAUGCCUGCAAGGGCAGAGCAUAUUCCUGGGAAUGAUGAAAAGGAGCCUAUUCAUGAAGUUUACGAUGUUGUUCUUUAUCUUGGGAUCAUCGAUAUACUGCAGGAAUACAACAUGACCAAGAAAAUCGAGCGCGCCUACAAAUCACUUCAGUUUGAUUCUAUUUCUAUCUCGGCAGUUGAUCCGGAGUUCUAUUCUCAUAGGUUUUUGGAUUUUAUCCAAAAAGUUUUCCCUGAAAAUGCAUAAUAUGUAAGCAUGUUUGUACUAAAUCCUACCUUAGUUAUCAGUUGUAUGAUUUUUUUUUCGAAAAAAAAGAUAUAUUCCCCAUCAGUUCA